CUGCCAGAGCAACGGCCCAGGCACUCCUCCCUCUCUGUUCGCCUCUCGCCGAGAAUGGCGCACGGCCUCGCCGGCGGCGUCGGACUCGGACCCCUCCGCUGCUGCCCCUCCGUGUUUUCCUCCCCCACCACCGUUCGACCCGCCCUGGACGCUCCUCGUCGAAGCCUACGGGUUCGCGCCUCUGCCUCCCCUCCACCGGCCACGCCGGCCAUCGAGGGCCGCGACGUCGGGCUCUCGGUGACGACGCGGCGGGGGCGGGUGCUUCCGGUGCUCAAGGCCUGCUCCCUCCACGUACCUCCCGGACAGCUAUGGAUGCUCCUCGGCCCCAACGGUUGUGGCAAGUCCACACUGCUCAAGGUUUUAGCAGGUUUUCUAAAUCCGUCGGCUGGUACAGUGUAUAUAAAUAGGCCAUGUAGCUAUGUCUUCCAAAAUCCGGAUCACCAGGUUGUGAUGCCUACAGUGGAAUCUGAUGUCUCAUUUGGUCUUGGUAAGCUCAACCUUCCAUUAGAUGAGGUCAGGUCAAGGGUAUCAAAAUCUUUGGAUGCCGUCGGGAUGUUGAGCUACUCUCAAAGGCCAAUCCAAACCCUGAGUGGUGGGCAGAAACAGAGAGUUGCAAUUGCUGGUGCUUUAGCUGAAGCAUCCAAAGUAUUACUGCUGGACGAACUGACUACAUUCUUAGAUGAACAUGACCAGAUGGGUGUGAUAAAGGCGGUAAGGAACUCUGUAGCUGCUGAUGGGGAGGUCGCUGCACUAUGGGUGACUCAUCGGCUGGAAGAAUUGAAAUACGCCGAUGGUGCUAUUUAUAUGGAAGAUGGCCAGAUAAUCAUUCAAGGUGACGUCUCAACCAUAUCGAGAUUUAUAAAGAGAAAACAGGCACGCUACUUUGGCCAUUUUGAGCUCUAAUCCCCAAAGCUGUAGAGGAAGUUCCUCCUUGUAUGAAUCGACUAAUUGCAAAGGAACUUAUGUUUUUGUUAUCAAAUGUAGUAUUGCUGUAUGCCUGGAACAUUGGUUUUAGGCAUCUGCACGAGUUUCACUGCUUAGAAA